AUGGCGACGCAAGAACUACAGCUCGCUGUCUUUUCUGGCAACAUCCAUGGCGUGCUGGCGUUUCUCGCCUCUCCACGAACAGGACAUAGCUUUCUCAACGACGCCGAGCAGCCUGAAUAUGACUUUGACUACGCUGACGAUCACCCACAAGUCAAGCAAAAGGUAGUUGAAGCAACACUGCCGCGACCAGUCUUCCCGGUCCGAAGAAGGCCACUAAGGAGAGAUGUCGAAGAAAGUAUCCAAGCCGUCGCUUUUCGAUAUUGCGGGCGACUUAUUCGCCUUCAAAACUCUCUUGCCUGUACCGCUCUUUCCGCCAAGGGCUGGGCCACCUUGCAGUCUCUGAGUCUGUAUAUGUGGGACAUCAUGGCACCCGAACUGACCAAGUUGCUGGCCUCACAGUUCGCGGACCUCGAAGAACUCCGUCUCGGCUUCUGUCACCCUUACAUCCACGACCACUGUCUGCCGCUGAGAUAUUGGGACCAUCCAGACUUCCUCGAGCCGUCCCCCAUCUGGGACGCACUUUGUGGCAUCGGUGAGGAGCAUGCGGCCCAUUUGCGCUUGAAGAAGUUGAAGAAGUUGACCUUGCAGCGUUCCGGCAUCAGCCGCGACCAGUUGCAGAAAUGGAUCGAGUGCAACCCGGGCUUGGUCGACUUGAGGCUACACCAUGUGGCUGGAGUCGACGCCGAGUUUGUCCAAUGGCUGGGGACAUAUUACCGAGUCGACACCGGUGACCACGCCGCCCCACCGGCCAAAUUGAGGACCCUGGCUCUGGAAAGCUGCACCUCGUUGUCUCUUGGAUCCUUGGAGGACCUGAGCUGGCUCGACUCACUCUUGCCUACGCCGGGAAAGGGCACUAAAGACCCCGAGGACGCAGCUUCUGUCUUCCAAGUCCUGUCUUUUCGAGACUCGACCUCUGUCUCCACCUCAGCUUUGAUGCAGUAUCUGGCUCUCAAGCAGCCUCAGGUGCGACAAGUCACCCUUCCAAGCGGUCGUGUUCUCGUCGAGAACGCCACCGAUCCCAACACUGAUUGCAGCUUCGACCCGGCCAUCUAUGGCCGUCGAGCCCACUCUACGAGAUUAAAAGAGGAUGACCAAGACUCCUCACCGGUUCCAUAUCUUCGCUUCCUGCGUUUCCGGCGCCGGGCGGCCGGUAAUGCAGACGAGAUCAUCGAGCCGGAUCCGAGAUGUGCUUGA